UUAGUGAAAGGAACAAAUUAAAUAAAACAAAACAAGUUAUGAAUCAUAGAUGUGGAAGGAAGUCAUUUCAAGCUGUUAGUUAUGAUGCGAGAGAUCCAGAAACUCAAAAAGAGCCAAACUAUCAAGAUUUAUGGCGAAUGACCCACACAAAUAGCAAUGGAGAAUGGAUAAAUGAUGCCUCUAAGGAAGUACAUACAAAGGUUGGAGAAGCUUAUAAUGAUUUUGAAGAAGCCAGAUAUGUGGACGAAGAUAAAGACAAGCUUAUAAACAUUGCUUUUAAAUCAGUUGUAGGAGAAAGAUCUGGAUAUUGUCGUGGCUUAGGAGCUGGAAUAAAACCACAAAAGGGUAAAUCUGUUAUUGGCUUACAUGAAGAAUUAGAAAAGGAGUGUGAAAAGAGGCAUGAUAUGGAAAUGAAAUUAAAAGAUGUAGAAACUCAACUCCAAGAAGAGCAAAAAUUGAGGGAAGAAAUGACUGCAAAGUUUGAAGAGAGUCAAAGACAACUCGAAGAAAAAAUAAAGACGCAAUUUGAAGAAAAAAUGGCAAAUAUGUUUUAUAAAAUGAUGAAUUUUCAAGGAGGACAAUCUUCUAGUACACCGAAUACAACUUUUGAAUCUGAUCACAAAGUUAAUAACAUGACUACAGAAAAAUUGUAA